UGACUGGCAAAUUGCCAAUGGCAACCAGUUUCCACCCUUUGCAAUAGACUUUGAAAAACAGUUGCCCAUUGGGCAAUGGAUUGAAUGCCAAUAUGGUAAAUUGUGGCAACCAUCAGUUUUAUCCUUAGUUGUAAACCCAGUCUAUUUCAUAGUUUAUUUCUUGGAUCAUGGAAUUCAUCAACUGACCAUGUUUUCAGGAUUAAGGUAUAUCUUCAUCAAUUAUAGACAUAAUUCCACCUACAAUUGCCAGGUUAUGAACCUGAAUGCCUUUAUACAUACAUUAAUUCCAGAGGAACUUGGUUUACUUUCGCAUCUCAUAAAAAUACUAAAUACAAUUUCAUAAAUACUAUGCAUUUUUAUUCUUAAAAUAUAUUGCUACAAAUGUACAGAUAAUAUUCUUGUCAAAACUACAAUAUAAAAAUCAGCCACAAGUUUUUGUCACUCAUUGCAAAGUUUGGGUCUUUUUACGUCUUUAGAUUGGCAAAUGAAUUUUCCAAAGCAAAGAAACCCAUUGUGUCUUAUAUUAAUAAACAUAUGUAUAUCAGAACAUUUACAUAUUUGGUAUGGCAACAAUCAUUCAAUUACAUGUAUUAAAAUUGAAGUCUGGUAGUUCAUCUGAGAAAAUAAGGAAAUUUAAUUGUUCUCAUUCAAGUCGAAAUAAGGUUUGGGUCAAUGUGACCAAGUCAGCUGUUUUGUAUAGUCAUGGCGUAUCAACAAAACCAAAUUGAGCAUUGUUCAGUUGUUAGGGAUUGUGAAGCACAUCAAAUGACAGCUCCAGGAGGCAAUAAAUUGAAUAGGAAUUCUGUAUACUACAUGUAUAUCUAAUAUUUCCAAUAAAGCCUUGAGAGCCUUGGAAAAUGGAAGUUCUAAAUUUCAGCUAAUUUUUUCAUUUAAGAACAUGUUCUCACAUUUUUGCCGAAAAGCUAAGCAUUUAAAAGACUUCAAAGACAAACUCCCUAAAAUUAGGGUAGAGAAGAAGUAGAUCAGCUAUAAAAUAACAACCAAGUAUGUGAUAUACACAAAUGUAUGAUGCACUGUACUACAAGACCUUGAGGAGAAGCUU